UUAGCUUUUAUACAACACCAGGAAGUGUGAGACAGGUUUGGAUUUUGACUCGGAUAACAAAGUCUGUAUAAAACAUAUGUAGAGGCAAUUUAUAUUAAACCCAUUUUUCCUCAAAUUUCAAAAAGCCUUGCUAACAUCUGUGCAACUGCUAUAAAUGUAAGCUGAAACGAAGACAAAGUAAAAAGGGAAAACAUGUCAGAACAAAGGACAGGUCAUGACAUGGUGGUGUUGGAAGGCUCUUCGACUUCUGGUUCCAAUAAAAGGCUCUCUGAGAUAAGAAUCAUAAUGAUUGGUGGUCGAGAGUUAGAGGGAAAAAAUGCAAGUGGAAAAAGUUCAGCAGGAAACAUCAUACUGGGAAGAAAUGUUUUUGAUGUUGGAAGAAGAACUGCACGGUCUGUUCAAGCUAGGGGAGAAGUACAUGGAAGACAUGUUACUGUGGUUGAUGCUCCAGGCUGGUGGUGGCAUUACGCAGUGGAAAAUACUCCAAUGUUUGAUAGACUGGAAAUCAUGAGAAGCCCAAUACUGUGUCCUCCUGGACCUCACGCCUUUCUUCUGGUCAUUCCUGUAGAUUCUGUUUUUCCAAAGGUCUAUAGAAUGGCUUUGGAGGAACACCUGGUGGAGAUUUUGUCUAAGAAUGUCUGGAGUCACAUCAUUGUGUUGUUUAGCUCUAUUGCUCCAUAUAAUGAUAUAACUUUAAAAAACAACCUUAGAAACUGGCCAGAUCUUCAAUGGCUUCUAAAGAAGUGUCAAAACAGAUAUCAUGUUCUUAAUAUUAACAACAGUGAUGACAGUUCUCAGGUGAUCACACUGCUGGAGAAAAUUGAGAAAAUGGUCUCCCAAAACAAUGGCCAUCAUUUUAAAAUCAGCAAAAGAGUGUCUGCAGCAGAAAAGAGCAAGAAAGCUGCAAAUGAAAAAGCCAAACAGAGAAUUCUUGCUGUGAACAGGCAAAGGACUGAACUUCAAGCACGCAUUAGAGAUCAGGAACAACAUCUCACUGCUAUACAUAUUGUGAUACUUGGAGCAUCAUGGGCUGCAAGGAGCUCUGCAGGCAACCUCAUUCUGGGCGAGGAAGCUUUUCAAGUUGAUGAAUCAAGAACAACAGUAAGUUGUGAAGUUAGUUAUGCUAGAGUACACGGGAGGCACCUCACAGUGGUCGACACUCCAGGCUGGUUGUAUCAAUAUCCUCUUAAAAAGACAUCAGAGUUGGACAAACUGGAAAUUAGACGUAGUGUGUAUUUAUGUCCUCCUGGUCCACAUGCUUUUCUGUUAACUGUUCCCAUUGCUACAGCAUUUAACAAGUCUUAUCAAAAAGCUGUGGAGGAGCAUAUGGGACUUUUAGGGGAAAAGGUCUGGAACCAUACAAUCGUGCUGUUCACCAGAGGAGACUGGCUUGGGGAUACAACCAUUGAGGAUCGUAUUGAAAUAGAAGGAGAGCAUCUUCAGUGGCUGAUGGAAAAAUGUAGAAACAGAUACCAGGUUUUAAACUGUAAGAAGCAAACUGAUACCAUACAAGUCACAGAACUACUUGAGAAAAUUGAGGAAAUGGUGAUGGAAAAUAACGGCUGUCACUACGUACCAGAUGAGGAGAGCAAUCCAUCCACUGAGCUUGAUUUGAAGCUGAGGAAAGCCAAAAUAUACAUGAUGCAAGAAAGCAGACAAAGAGAUUUCCUUCAAUUGCUGCUUAAAGCACUUGAAAGGAAAAACAAUCUCACAGAAGUGAGGAUUGUGCUUCUUGGAGGAGAAGGAGCUGGGAAAAGUAUGUCAGGAAACAUCAUUCUGCAUGGACCUUUUUUUGAGAAUACGGUAUUAGAGGGCUUUAAAACCCCAACAAGAACAAGGCAAUGUAUGAUGAAACAGAGGAAAGUGGAGAGAUGGCAAGUCUCAGUGGUUGACACACCAGGCUGGUCCACAUCAACACUUGAAAAUGCAAAAGAAAUUUUACGCAGUGUUACAGUUUGUUCACCAGGUCCACAUGCAUUCCUGCUAGUGUUACCUGUUUGUGAGUCUUUUACAAAGAAAUCACAACAAACAGCAUAUGAAUUAAUGAAACUUUUUGGUGAGUGUGUCUGGAGACACACUAUUAUUUUAUUCUCUGGACACUGGCUGAAGGACAGACCAGUUGAAGAGUACAUUGAAUGUGAAGGAGAAGCUUUGCAAGAGUUGAUAAUAAAGUGUGGAAACAGAUAUGUCCUACUUAGUGACUGGGGUAAUAGAUCUCAAGUGAAAAAUCUGCUUAAGAUGAUUGAGGAGAUGGUGGCAAGAAACAGAGGUGAAAACUUCACCCUAGAAAAGAAAGAAAGACAGCCAAAACUCCUCCAGUGGAUCACUGGAAAGACACUGACUGAAGAGGAGUGGAAUAAACGUGAGGAUGAACUUAUAGAUAAGGCUUUAAAGGCGGCACUGGUGAAUCACAGACGAAGGGGAAGCUUUGAGCACCCAAUUCCAAGUAUGAGUGGAGAAUCAUUGUCAGACAGCUCCAGUUUAUUUGGAGCAGAAGUCUUGAACCCUGCUGUCAGAGUAUCUCAAUGGCUCUGGCAUCCAAGAUCUGACGGAACAUCAUCUGGAUAUGAAACCAUAAGCACUACAUCAAGUUCUCAAGACCCAAAUAAUGAAAGUGUCAGAGAUAAUAUUCUAGUGCACCAACACCAUCACAUUGACAUGGACACUCUGAAACAUGGCAGUAAUAUGAGAGAGCAAAAACAUGCAAGAUCACAUUCAUUAUAGAGCUGUGUGUUCUAUACAUCCCACACUGUGCAGAUGUAUAAAGCAAAUUUAGUUGAUGCUUUGAUAUAAAUACCACAGUUUUGUUAGUUUUUAAUUCUUGAUUUUGGACUUUGUUCACCAAAAUGUCCUAGUUAAUUUUUUUCUAAAUUUCCAUUCUCAUUGUGAAGAAGACAGUGUGAGCUAUGGAUCAACAGUUUUAAUAUGUGUGUUUAAGUGUGUUCACACUGUUUCUGUGGAUUGAUAUUAUGAUCAUAUAUGCAUAAGAAAGAAAAUUGCCUGAUUAACGAUAUGACUGCAUAAAACAGUUUGAUAAUGUUAUGUGUUAUAACCUUAUGGUGUGUUCAUUUAACAAUAUAUUAAAGAAAAAUAAAAUGUCUGUGAUUACUGUAA